UCCUGCUCCUGCUCCUGCUCCUGCUCCUGCUACCGCUCCCGCUCCCCGCCCGCCCCCGCGGGGCCGCGCUACCUGCGCCCGCUCCCCGCCCCGGAGGAGCGGCCGCCCGCCCCGCCGGGAGGCGGGCGCGCUGCUCAUUUGCCUUCGCUGUCAGCGGCCGCGCUCCGGCCAGCCCGCGGGGACCGGGGCUGCAGCCGCAGGAGCCGCUCGCUCGCUCUCUCUCUCCUUCGCUCGCUCGCUCCCUGGCAGCGAGAAAAGUUUGCUGCUCUUCACGCUGCUCCUUCUCCCCCCGUCCGCAGCCCCCGCGGCCCGGCGCGGAUCCCCCGGGCAGGGGCAUGGCGAGCUGAGCGGCCGGAGCGGGCCGGGGGCGGCCCCGCCGCACCUGAGCGGCGGCGGGCGCGGGGGGCCAUGCGCGGCGGGGGCGAGCGCUGAGCCCGCCCGGCCCGGCCGCCCCCCGCCGGCCCGGGCCGAUCCCGCCGCGGGGAGGCAGGGCUGGAGGGCGGCGGGCAGCCCGCGGGGACAGCGCGGAGCGGGGCCGUCGCCCGCCCGCGCCCGGCCGAGCGCCAUGCCGCGCCGGCUGGCCUGGCUGUGCUGCUGCUGGGCGCUGCUGAGCGGAGCCUGCCGCCCCGCCGAGCCCGCGCUGCCCGCCGAGGGCGGGGAGCCGCCGCCCGCCGCCGCCGGCUCGGGCUUCCUCUACCGGCGGCUGAAGUCGCACGAGAAGCGGGAGAUGCAGCGGGAGAUCCUCUCGGUGCUCGGGUUGCCCCACCGCCCCCGGCCGCUGCCGCGGGAGCCGCCGGCCCCGCCGCCGGGACGGCUGAGGGCGGCACCGCGCUUCAUGCUGGACCUCUACCACUCCCUGGCCGAGGGCGCGGAGGGCAGCGCGGGCGCGGAGAGCGGGGGCCGCCCGCCGACCCCUGCCCCGCCGCUGCCCAGCCCGCAGGAUAGCGCCUUCCUCAACGACGCCGACAUGGUGAUGAGCUUCGUCAACCUGGUUGAGUAUGACAAGGAGUUCACGCCUCACCAGCGGCACCACAAGGAAUUCAAAUUUAAUUUGUCUCAGAUUCCUGAGGGCGAGGCCGUCACAGCUGCUGAGUUUCGGAUCUACAAGGACUGCGUUUUGGGAAGCUUUAAAAACCAAACCUUCCUUAUCAGCAUCUACCAGGUGCUGCAGGAACAUCAGAACAGGGCCUCUGACCUGUUUCUGCUGGACACGCGGGCGGUGUGGGCGUCGGAGGAGGGCUGGCUGGAGUUCGACGUCACCGCCACCAGCAACAUGUGGGUGAUGAACCCCCAGCACAACAUGGGACUGCAGCUCAGCGUGGUGACCCGGGAUGGUUUCAGUGUAAACCCUAGAGAAGCAGGGCUGGUAGGGCGAGAUGGCCCCUAUGACAAGCAGCCUUUCAUGGUGGCCUUCUUCAAAGUGAGCGAGGUUCACCUACGCACCACGAGGUCAGCGAGCAGCAGGCGCAGGCAGCAGAGCCGGAACCGCUCCACCCAGACUCAGGACGUUUCCAGGGUGUCCAGUGUCACAGAUUACAACAGCAGUGACUUAAAAACAGCGUGCAGAAAGCAUGAGCUUUACGUUAGCUUCCAAGACUUGGGAUGGCAGGACUGGAUAAUCGCUCCAAAAGGCUACGCAGCCAACUACUGUGAUGGGGAGUGCUCGUUCCCACUCAACGCCCAUAUGAACGCAACCAAUCAUGCCAUUGUACAAACUCUGGUUCAUCUAAUGAAUCCUGAUUACGUUCCCAAACCAUGCUGUGCACCUACCAAACUAAAUGCCAUAUCUGUCCUUUACUUUGAUGAUAAUUCUAAUGUAAUCUUGAAGAAAUACAGGAAUAUGGUAGUAAGAGCUUGUGGAUGUCACUGACAAACAGUCUUCACAUGGACUCUGUGAUGCUGCCAUGAACUUGGAUACAACCCUCCCUGUUUUCACCUUGGGAAAAAAAAAAGCACGUGAUGAACCACCCUUCAGAACACCAUGUAUGUGCCUUGUGGGAGGAAGGGGUGUGGGGACCACCCCCCAGGGUGGGAGCAAACUGCUGGACUUCUUACAGACUGACCCUACGCCACGGUGGCUGCCCAGCUCAGCUCAGCAGCAGCAAAAUGCCCACACACUUUAUUUGGCUGGGAUGGUCUUAAUCUCACAGAGAAGCUUGACCUGUAGCAGGUGCUUGGAUAUGUGCUGCAGUUUUACCAGAUGAGGACUCAACACUCAAAACAAGUGAGGUCUUUCUUUGGGGGUGGGGAGGGAAGAUAAGGGGAAGAGGCAGAGAAGCUAAAGAAAGUGUUGUUAGCACUUCAGAUAUAGUGUACAUCUCAUGCAAGAUCCUUGUGGCCAGAAGGACCAGUUACUGCACCUAGACUGUUAGUCUUCUGCCAUCUGUCAUGACAGUAAGCAUCUAAAAUUGUGCCAAAGCAGAUGUUUCAGUUCUGUUAUGCUCCCAGCACUGUUUAACUCUGAUCUUCCAAGUGUAAGAUGACAUGGCUGCACCCUGUGUUAGAAACACUACCAUGAACUCAGACCCUGACUGAGUCUUCCCAUCUGACUGAGCAAUACAAAUUUAUACACUUGCUCUUAUGCAACUUCCUUCCACUUCUCACGUGGAGCUGCCUCAUCUACUACCACUUGCCCAGGAAGGAAGUCAGGACACUUUUCAGCUAUAAUUCAGACGUAAAAGCUUAGGGGCCAUUCAUUCUCUAGCUGGACAGUUUGUUUACAGGAAGACAGAAUGUCAACAACAUUUGCAAUCUUUCCCUUUCAACUCAUGCAACUAACAAACUGGUAUAAAGGAUAGGCAGCGUAGAGCCAUGAUUUGUCUAGCAGAAGCUAAUAGCAAAUUGUUUUGAUCAAUAUUAAACUUGUAUUAAAUGCACUUACCUCUACUUGCAUUUAAAAGGCUUCUUGUAAAUACAAGCUAUAAUUUAUUGCACUUGUCACUGUAUAUUCAUUGUGCUGUAUCAUUUAUAGAAAGACUGCUUUUUUAAAAAGUUUUUAUUUAGAAAAAAAUCUCAGUGUAAACAAUUGUACCACUUUGAUUUUAUACAAGAAACUCAUGAGAUUGUGCUUCACUAGAAAGUUGUUAAAAACAUAAUAAAGGCUUCCUGAAAGGCAGAAGUACACACAUUGAUCCAAUACAUCUGCCAGUACAACACUUAGCUUUCACUGUGGCUUUUUCACCAUCACGCGUUUUCAGACUGAACAGAAUCAAAAGUUCUGGACAGACAGUGAAGUGAAGAACCAGGAGAAAUUCACUGGUUUAAAAGUUCAUUGAUGUUUUGCCUUUUUUUUUUUAAUAAAAAAGAAAAGCAACCCAACUUACUCCAUAUGAUGGACAAAACCCAGCAUCUUGACAUUAGUCAAAUUAGCCUGUAGCAAUCCUCAUUCCUCAUGAGUUUCUGUGCACAUGAGACAGCAGAAUUCAGUCCUUGAUUUGCUGUUGCCUUUGUAUCAUGACAGUCUCUGCAAUAUAAAUCCUUUGGCUUUCAGUUAAGUCUAACAUGGAACAUUUUAUGCACCAAAGAAUAGAUUCAUAUUAUAAUCCAAGACACCACAAAGUGUGUGGUCCUAGCAUUCAAACUUAUCAAUGCUUACAGCUUGGAAAAACGUUAAGGCUCGAGAAGAGGGGGGGGGAACUAUUUUACACUACUGCAGAAGAGCUGAAUGGAAGAAAAAAAUAUUAAACAUUGCAUUACUUGUUGUUCUAGGUACUCUGACUAAGGAGCAGGUCAGCACAAUGUCUGGAUUCAGGCUGGGGUAGGAAACACAUCAUUAGCUCUGGAGUCUGACUGAUCAUUUACCAUGAACAGGGCAGUUAUAACAGCACCUAUUUUUCACUCUGGCUCUAGAGAAGUAGAGCACAGUUGUGCCUCUGGAGCUGGAUGGCAGCAGCCUAUGGAAAUGCACCUGACAGAUGUACACUAUGGCAUCAGUAACGUUCAGGCACAUGUUACAGUACCAUCACUUUCAUUAUGGCUAGACUUCCCAUGCUGAGAGGAAUUACAGGAAACAACCAGCUCAUGGUGGCCUGGUAUCUUCCAAAGGUGUGUGUGUUUUCAACCUUUCAGCAGCUAUAUUAAGACAAAUAAGGACUAAGUACAAUUCCAGAGGCAAAAGUGACUCAACACAGCUGUUGCUUUUGCCUUUCUAGUAAUGGUAAGCAGUUUGUAAGGAUUACUUUUUAAUCAGAUCUAACCUGAAGACAAAAAUAUUCUACUGCUGCCCUUCAUUUGGUUUUCUUAACAUAUUUUGGUCUCAAAGGAAACCAUUUACACUUCAUUGCAGGAAUGCAGAAAUGCAGUGCAACUACCAAUGCUGAAAAUACUCUUGAUUUGCACAGUAACUAUUUGUUAGCUUUCCUUCACACACACAGAGACAUGUCUCUAACACACACACAAGUGGAAGAUACCAAAGUUUAGUACAUUCAAUUUCCUAGAAACAAAGAAACAAAAAAAGCCCCACCCCCCAAAUACACUAUUUGAAAAUUAGCCAAGAUAGAAAUCCCUCAGCUACUGUACAGAGACAGCCAGGGACAGAGCAUCCAGACUUUUAUUACAGUUCAUCCCUUGCCUGACGCAAGACAAAGUUAUGCAGUGAUUCAAGGUCUCUCGUUCCAUUGUGUUCACUGACUUUCUUUCCACCUCGGAAAAGCAGAAGUGUAGGAUAACCACGUAC